AGGUUGUGGUGUCAGUUUACAAUAAUCAACAAAAUAUUUUGGGUAUUUUUUUUUCUAGGAAAUUUGAUCCUAUGUUGGAAAUCAAUCUUCCAAUUAGCAAGUUGAUAUUGAGUAAUAAUUACAAUCUUUAGCAUCAGUUAUCUUGUUAAAUGAUUUGAAACUAAAUCACAUAUAAGUCAAGCAUAAAGUAAUGGCCAACAUGACUGAAGCUUUGACUGAAAAUUCUGGUGAGAAAGAUGAAGACUACUGUUUUUUUGGGACCAUCAGCCCUACUGAAGCAGCUAAAAUUUUGAAGGAAGAAGGUGGUAGUGAAGGCACGUGGUUGGUUCGGGAAAGCAACUCAUCUCCUGGCAACUUCGUCCUCAGUGUCAUUAUGGACGGAGAGCCUAAACAUGCACUAAUCCACAGACAUCUCUCUGAAGAUGCUGUCUUUAGUUUGACCAUUGCAGAAAACAUGCCAAUAUUCCAUGGCCUGGACUCCCUCAUUAAUCACUACAAAUGUCAUCCUUUGAAGCCCUCUGCCCUCCUCUCCAAUCCAGGAAAUGAGACUCAUUUACUGUACACCCUGAAAAAAGUCUGCAGGAAAGACCCUUUACCGGCCAAUUGUAAACUCCAUGGCUCCAGUAAUCUCCUGCAUGCAGCUGUACGCAAAGGAGAUGUUGCUGCUGUAGUCCAGCUACUGCGCUCAGGUUACCGACAAGUUGACGCUCGCAACGAAGAAGGACUCACAGCCUUGCACAUCGCAUGUCUUACAUAUAACGAGGAAAUAAUCCAGGAACUUCUGAAAGCAAGAGCUAAGCUCAAAGUGCGGGACUGUGAAGGCCUGUCACCAUUGCAUUAUUUGUGCAGACUGAAUAAAGCAGCACUGGUUGAACUUCUAAUUACCAGCGACCCAUCAGCCAUGCAGUGGCGAGUGCCGUCAAAUGCUGAGGUCGCUCUGCACGAAGCUGCCGCGAGCCGAAGUCUGGGGUGUGUGGAGAAGCUCCUGCUGCACGGGGCGCCCGCCCGCCCCCGCAACUCUGACGGGCAAACUCCCGAGGAACUCGCUCGUCUCAACCACGCCAACGACAUCCUCAAGAUACUCCAGCGUCAUGUGCCGCCACCACCGCGCUUCUCUUGCAGCGCCUUCCUUCACGGCGCCAUGUCCCGCUACCGCUGCCAGCAGCUGCUCCAUGACGCCGCUGGCCUGCCAGCCGGACCUCAGCUCCAGAACGACGAUGAUGGUGACCGCCAGCAAGACACGUCACUCGUCGUGUCUGACGAUGAAAAUGACUGUACUGACAAAACCUUCGAUGACACGACGCCUGGCCAGGGCGACGAUGCUGUCGAAGACCACAGAGCUGCACGAGACGACAAUGCUGCCGAAGAGACGUACUUUCUCGUGCGAGCUUCUGUUAAAACUUCCCGAUUUGUCUUGUCUCUGAGAUAUGCCGCACAGACGUUGCACUUCGAAAUACUUCAGACCGACGCCGGCGAGCUUCACAUCGACGACGGGCCGCUGUUCCCGUGCCUGGAGACGCUCGUCGACCACUACACGCGCCUGCAAGAUGGCCUUCCCUGCCUCCUCGUCCAUCCUGUCCCAUUGCUGUCACGUCUCUUUGCUGUCACGUCUCUUUGCUGUCACCUUAUAAUACAGUACCAUUUUAUGGUGCAGGACACAGACGUGGCGACAGUUUCAUCUGUAGACAGCAGGUUACGAGCCUCGUCUGACACGCGCCAGCUGCUGGCGUCAGACAGCGACUUGCUGCGCGACUUCGAGCCCAGCGUGGAGGACCUCAGCACAUCUGAUGCUCCUGAUCAAAGAGCUGCGGAGUCUUUAAUGAGAGCAUUUGAUCAUCUACGCACGGACGCGGGUGUGGGGAGCGUGUCGGCCGUACCCAACACCGAGUCUCCCGCCCUGCAGGGCGACAAGACGUCCGAGGUGUGCGGCACCAUCCACCCCAGCAGCCUGAGUCUCGGGCCCACGCUCGGCGCCGGGGAGUUUGGUUCCGUUAUCAAGGGCGUCUGGAGGAGUCCUGCCGGUGACCAGGUGCCUGUGGCAGUAAAGACUCUCCACGACGCCUGUUCCUCCAACAGAAAGCUCUUCAUGCAGGAGGCUCAGCUCAUGGUCAACCUCAACCACCCGUACAUCGUCAAGCUGCUGGGCGUGUGNCAGACAUCGUCUCUCGUGCAAGAACUGGCGGCGAUGGGGGCGCUGUUGGACCACCUCCUCGACCACCCCAACGACGUCGACCCUAAAUUCCAUCUGAAGCUCUGGCCCGCUCAGGUGGCGCUUGGAAUGCAGUACCUGGAGCAGAAGCGCUUCGUACACCGGGAUCUGGCAUGCCGUAACUUGCUGCUCUCGUCUCCCACGCUCGUCAAAAUAACAGACUUUGGUUUGUCUCGAGCCACGGGCCAAGGGUCCGACUACUACAAGGCUAGCCAGGGCGGCAAGUGGCCCUUAAAAUGGUACGCUCCGGAGAGUAUAAACUACGGCCGGUUUACGCACAGUAGCGACGUGUGGAGCUACGGCAUCACGCUCUGGGAGAUGUACACAUUUGGUGAUCAACCCUACGGGCAGCUGCCUGGCUUUAAGGUGGUUGAUCUCUUGGAGCGUGGUGAGCGACUGCCUCAGCCUGCGUCGUGCAGCAACGCUGUCUACCGCCUCAUGACGCGCUGCUGGCACCUCCAGCCCCAGCAGCGCCCCACCUUCGUUCAGCUCGCCCAGCACUUCUCGGGCGGCUCCGAAUACGUCGACGUUAAGCCUUACCUUAUGACCAAAGGAUAAAUUGCUCCCAGGCACCACUCAAAAUUAUUCUCGGGCGGCUCCGAAUACGUCGACGUUAAGCCUUACCUUAUGACCAAAGGAUAAAUUGCUCCCAGACACCACUCAAAAUUAUUCUCGGGCGGCUCCGAAUACGUCGAUGUUAAGCCUUACCUUAUGACCAAAGGAUAAAUUGCUCCCAGACACCACUCAAAAUUAUUCUCGGGCGGCUCCGAAUACGUCGAUGUUAAGCCUUACCUUAUGACCAAAGGAUAAAUUGCUCCCAGACACCACUCAAAAUUAUGAAGUCUUGCCCCUCUGUUGUACUUUUCUGCUACCUUUUGGUUAGUGCAGGGUGGCGCGCGGUAAUUUGCUGAUUUGGGAAUGAAAUAAAAAAAUUAUGAUCACUAGAAAAAUUUAUUUUAUAUUUGAAUUAUACUGAACGGUAAUGGAAUUUAUAAAUUACAUGGUUUUAAAUAGUGUAUCUGGCAAAUGUCGACCUUCGCAUUCCACCCACUGCUGCAUACGUUUUCUGAAGUUUUCAUGAACUCUGACAAGCAUGCCCACUGGUAUUCUGCCAAUUUCAUCUUCAAUAUUGUUCCUUAUUGUAUCCAAGGUAUUGGGGCGGUUGAUAUACACCUUAAACUUCAGGUAACCCCAGAGAAAAAAAUCGCAUGGGGCUAAAUCUGGUGAGCGUGCUGGCCAGGUCACGUCACCCCUCGAUGAGAUAAGCCCUCCAGGAAACAUUUGCCUCAAACAAUUCAUGGUCACCCUCGCUGUGUGUGCAGUGGCACCAUCCUGUUGGAACCAUGUAUCCUCUAAUUCCAUUGCUUCAAGAGCUGACUGAAAAUAAUCCUGUAUCAUAGACAAGUACCAUUCGGAGUUCACAGUUAUGGCACGACCGCUAUCGUGAAAAAAGGAAGGCCCAAUGAUGCCUACUCGCGAUAUGGCGCACCACACAGUGACGCGGUCCGAAUGCAGAGGCCUCUCUGCAUUAUAUUCUCUCAGGUCCCCUUCGUAGACAUGACACAUUCCCCGCUGUUCUGAAUGCAUUCACCCAAUUUACAAUUGAUUGCCGUCCAGGAACACGUCCGCGUGAAGGAACAGCGAAUCGUGAACGACAAGCACGCUGCACUGCAAUGAUCGAGUGGGCAUUUAAAAAAUACGCUUCUACACAAAAUGACUUCUCCUCACGUGUCCACUGCAUGAUGGCAACUGAGAGCCAGACGAAUACAAAUUUCCCGCCAUCCACUGUAAGCCACGACCACUCUCCUCUGUCUUCGACCGUCAGUGCCACCACAGCAUGCAGUGCAAAAAAGCAAAUUACCGCGCUCCACCCUGUAUAUAUGCAAUGUGGCCUGCGAACUCAAGUGUUAUCGCCAACACAACUGGCCUGCAUCGGCAGCUGAAUUUAAUAAAAGAUUACUGUUUCUGAUAAAUAAGUUCGUCAUUUGGCUCCUUUGACGGCUUCAGGGAAUUUCCUUACCAAGAGGGGAUACUUUAAUCCAGAGCAGGAACCAAGCGCGCCAUCUUGCUAGUUUUGACAACUCAAUCAAUCAUGAGUUGAGCAGUUCGACUUUAUCAAAUCGCGGAAGAUGAAUAUAAUGAUUCUUUGAGCUUAGUGAAUAAGAUUUAUGUUGUACUUUGCGCCGCUUCUUCCCAACACAAAAAUUAUGUGAUAGUCAACACACGAUGCAUUUUACUGUUAGGUUUGAUUUUGCGAAUUAAUCAAGCUUAACUGUCUAGUGCUGCCAUAUCGGGCGACUUAUUAUUGAGUCGCAUGUUUGUAUGUAUUGGUUAUCAUCUGCCGUCAAAAUUAAUGUGCUUCUAAAGAAUACCAAGAAUGGCUUCUCACCUUCACAAUUUCUAUUUGCAAUGUAACAACAAUAAUGUACAUUUGUGGCCUUGGACGGUUGUGUGUGAUUCGUGCAUUCCAAUUCUUUUUAUGUACAGAUUAAGAGUCAUUUAUUUUUUUAAGCAUUGUAAAUUAAUAUUUUUGAUACUUCAUUAUUAAGACUUGCCCAGAAAUUUUCUGCUUAUUUCCUGCACUUUUUGAUGUCAGAAUUCACUUGUUAAGCUUGCACGCGUAACGCAGUGCGGAGCUCAUCUCUGCACUUAAUCAGCAGGAGCAGAAAGCGAGAAAGAAUUCACCUUUUUUUAUUCGCUUUUGUUUGUGGCAUAAAGAGAUUGAACAAUUUUUUGCAAUUUUCUUCAUAGGCGCUUUAAUUAUGUGCAUGUAUGUUUACCGAGCAAUUUUAACUGAUGUUUAAAUCGAAUGAUAAGUCUUCUGAAUGAUAUACAGCCGUUUCUUCCGGAAAUUGUUUCUAAGAAUAAGACCUUUCUUUACAACGCCUACGACAUCUAAGACUUAUGUUUUCUACGUUGAAUUUAGUCUGCAUUGUAACUUAUAACUCGUUCGGUUUCGAAUAAUCAGUGCAAUUACUUUGUAGCUUUUGGAUUCGCUAUAUUUUAUUUUUGUACUGUAUGUUUUUGAAAUGGGGUUGCGGUGAAUUAUAAGAGAUUUAAUAUAAUAUAUUAUAAGAGAUUUAAUGUAAUAUAUGAUUACAAAGCUUCACGUUGA